AUGACCCUGUGUCUCCAGUUAAAUCUGAACGGUAGCAAGGAGGCCCAGGACCUCCUUGUUCACCACUCAAGAGAGAUGGGGGCCGCUGUCUGCGCGAUCUCUGAACCCGCCAGAUCACACAGCCCAUACCAGCUAUGGUUUCACAGCCAUAACGGACUGGCGGCUAUCUAUGUUAACAACAGGGCCACUACGCGCCCCGCCACGUUGGAGGCUCGUGGAAGACACUGCGUCCUGAUCAGACUGGGAGAGUUUUACUUUCUUUCUUGUUAUAUCUCUCCCAACGUGGACCUCCCGGCAUUCUCGGAUUUUUUGGAGGAGUUAUCCACGAUCUGUUCUUGUGUAGCUCAUAAUAACAGGCUCGUUAUUUGCGGGGACUUUAAUGCCCACUCUGUUUCCUGGGGUUCGAAUACAUCUAAUGUCAGAGGCGAUGCUCUUGAGGAGCUUGCGUCGCAGCUUGAUUGGAGACUAGCGAAUCGAGGAGAUCAUCCCACGUUUUCGAGUCACCAGGGGACCUCGAUAGUGGACCUCACUUGGACCUCCCCUGACUUAUUUAACAGAGUACGCAAUUGGUCGGUCCGUGAAGAUUUAAAGUCCAUGUCGGACCAUCUUUAUAUCUCCUUUGAAGUUGCGGAUUCAUCUUCUCGGCGUAUAACACCAUCAUUACCCCGAAGGUGGAACUUUAGAAGGAUGGAUAUCGGGCUCUUUCAGGAGGCCAUCGAAUGGAAGUGCGCGGUUACUCCCGGUGAUCCGGAGUAUCUGAACAGAGUGGGCCCAAAUAAAUGGAUCAACGACUGUAUCUAUGAUGCGUGUCAGGCGGCGGUCCCUCGCCUGCGCACUGCCAGAGUGGAUAGGGCCCAUUGGUGGAACGACCAAAUUGCACAUCUGAGAACCGAGGCUAUCGCCGCGAGGAGAGCCUGA